AUGCAACCUAUUGGUCGACGACGCCGCUGGCGCAAUGUAGUGGAGCGGGCGCAAUUCAACGCGCAAUUGCGUCAAUUGAGGGAUCCUGGGCCUGGGGAUAAUAUUGGGAUGGCACUCACGGAAGCAUUACACCAAGCCAUUGAAACGGAACUCGGCCGUGAACAGCGACCUGCCCAUCAUUUUGUGAACUUUGCUAUUACAGCGCAUGGGUUCACCCACGCCUAUCAAACGGCCAAUUUCACUGUGGGAGAAUUUUUACAACGUACGGCUCGUUUGGAUGAGAUGUUAGCUACCCUGGCUGGCAAGUUGAAUAGCAAUGAAGCCUUCAACCCCGAUCGCGGGUUCCAAGUAGAUGUGGUGUUUGUCUCUAUGCCUGGUCCAGGGUCUGGUCGACAUAAAAAAACACUCAAUGCAGGACGUUCAUGUUUGGAUCGAGUCAAUAAAAAAAAGAAAUGCAUCAUCCCCAUCAAAAACAGAGAUGCCCUAUGCUGUGCCCGCGCCAUUGUCACCAUGCGAGCCCAUUGCCAUAAAGAUCAAGGCGUGGACGGGUUUCGCGACUGGGAGAAUCUCAAACGUGGGUUUCCUGUGCAGCAGCGUCAAGCCCAGGCUCUCCAUCAACAAGCAAGUGUGGCGGAGGGUCCCUGUGGUUUACCCGAGCUUCGUCAAUUUCAACAAGCAUUGGGGUCUCAAUAUCAACUCUUGGUGAUGACCCGGAUGAAACCGUUUUUUUUGAUCUUCAAAGGCCCUACCGCCCCUCAUCAGAUUCGUUUACUGAAAUCCAACGAUCAUUUUGAUGGCUGCACGUCUUUUCCUGCCUUUGUCAACCGUUCGUAUUAUUGUAUGGACUGUGAACGGGGGUUCAACUCCAACGAUCGGACCCAUCACACUUGUCAAGGAAGACGUUGCUCCGCGUGUGGGCGCUUUGAUUGUCCGGAGUAUGUGCGUGGCACCCGUCCCACCGAGUAUUGCAGUUCGUGUCACCGCAAGUUUUAUGGUAUCCCUUGUAUGCAAUAUCACGUGGUCAGCCGACAAUGUCAAUCCAUCAAAUGCUGUCGCAAGUGUCAAGCCCAAUAUACGGUCGUCCGUAACCAGCGUCACCAGUGCGGGUACGCCAAAUGCCCCGUGUGUCAGGAAUGGGUACCCAUCCAAGACCAUAAAUGUUACAUUCAGCCUGUGGUGGAGGAGCAUGAGGAACCUGAACCCACAGAGGAGGGGGGAGGUCGCAUGGUGGCGCCACCCCCUCCCCUGUUUGUUUACGCGGAUUUUGAAGCCAUGCAAAAUGAGGAAGGCGUGUUUGUAGCCAAUUUGUUGUGUUAUUCAUCGAGUGCCGAAACGACUAUUCAUGUAUUGGACGGGGAGGAUUGUGCCCUACAAUUUUUGCGUGAUUUGGAUGAUCUCACCGACGUGCCAGACAGUGAGGCUGAACGAGAGAUUCUCGUGGUAUUUCACAAUUUGAAAGGCUUUGAUGGCAUGUUUAUUCUCCACGAACUCUACCAGCAACAACGCGUGGUCGAGGAUCAACUGACGGUGGGAGCCAAAGUCCUAUCGUUCAAGAGCGGACCCCUCAAAUUCAUUGACUCGUUAUGUUUCUUGCCCAUGCCACUCGCUUCUUUUCCCAGUACCUUCAAUUUGACCGAAUUAAAGAAGGGGUUCUUUCCCCAUUUAUUCAAUACCCCCGAUCACCAACAAUAUGUGGGCCGCAUCCCCGAUUUGGAGUUUUACGAUCCUGACGGCAUGAUGGCCAAAAAGAAAGAGGAACUGACUCGUUGGCAUGCCGAUCAAGUCCGUCGCAACGUGCCCUUCGAUUUCAAACAAGAAAUGAUCGACUAUUGCAAAUCAGAUGUGACUCUAUUGAAAGCGGGGUGUGAAGCCUUUCAAGAGGAAUUUGAACAGCAGGCUGGCUUCAACCCCAUGGCCAAGUGUAUCACCAUCGCCAGUGCUUGCAACUUGUAUUGGCGCAAGCAUCAUUUGACCCCCGACACCAUUGCGGUGGAACCUCUCGGAGGGUGGCGAGGGGCCCAAGUCAAUCAAUCCCUCAAAGCCCUCCAAUGGCUCUACUACCAAGAACACCUUAUUCCCAAAGAGGGGGCCAGUGCUGACCGUAUUCGUCACGUUCGUAACGGGGGCGAACAGUCCAUCCGAACCAGUGCCAAUACUCAUUUCGUGGAUGGCUACGAUCCCCUGACUCGCACUGUCUACGAGUUUCAUGGAUGUCUCUACCAUGGCUGUCCCCGUUGUUAUCCCAGGAGAACCACCAAACAUUAUGCAGUGCCGGACAGAAGCGUCGAGGAACUCUAUCAAGCCACGCUCUCCAAACGCAUGGCACUGCUCCGAGCAGGCUAUACGGUGAUCGAAAUGUGGGAAUGUGAAUGGGACAACUUGGUAGACAGGGAUGAAGCCGUCCAACGUUUCCUGACGUCCUUUGAUCUGGUGGCACCCCUGGAACCCCGUCAAGCCUUCUUUGGAGGUCGAACCGGUGCCGUCGCUCUGCAUGCCGUGGCUGGAGAAGGUGAGGAAAUACGCUAUGUGGAUGUGACCUCCCUGUACCCGUGGGUCAACAAAAACUGUCCCUACCCCAUCGGGCAUCCGCGGAUCAUCACGCAACCUGCGGACCAGUCCCUGGAAUCCUAUUUUGGUGUAGCCACUGUGGAUAUUCUUCCCCCCGCUGGUUUGUUCCACCCUGUUCUGCCCGUGCGCAGCGGGAACAAACUCACGUUUCCUCUCUGCCGCGCCUGUGUCCAGACCGAACAGGCCCAACCCAUGCUGACUAGAACCCGUUAUUGCCCUCAUUCUGACACGGAACGCACGCUACGUGGCACCUGGUGCACACCCGAAUUGGUUAAAGCUGUUGAAAAGGGGUACACACUGAUCAAAAUUCACGAAGUCUGGCAUUUUCCCCCUGAGCAAUGCCAAACGGGUCUUUUUGCCAAUUACGUCAACACCUGGCUCAAGAUCAAACAAGAAUCCGCAGGGUGGCCCGGCUGGUGUCAGACCCUUGAGCAGAAACGCGACUACAUUCUUCGUUACCAGGAACGGGAGGGUAUCCGACUGGAUAUUGCCAGCAUUGUCAAAAACCCCGGUCGCAAGACCACCGCCAAGCUCAUGCUGAACAGU